GUGGUUGAAGAAGCAGAAGGCUCAAAUUCAUCAGAGACCGUAAGUUCAGAGAGAAAUGGCGACGGCCUUCCACCAUCACCACCUCAAGCCACUCUUAUCCGAAAAGCUGCCGGAUCAAAGAAAUUCCCCUUCUCCAAGAUAUUACACCACUUCUUCUUCUUCUUCUUCUUCGCUUUCUCUCCUUAGAACCCCUCCUCCUUCAUGUAAAUAUUGUCUACCAUCUAUAUUCAAACAGAAGAAUGUUACCUCCAAACGUCGACAGACUUCUCGAAUUUCUUGCCAGACUACAGCUGACAUGCAAUCCAAAGAAGGUUCCGACGUCGAACUCGUUUCCACUGUUGGCCGAGACCGUCUUCUUAAGGUUCCUAUAUCAAAUAUAAGAAAUUUUUGCAUCAUUGCACACAUUGAUCAUGGAAAAUCAACGCUCGCUGAUAAGUUGCUGCAAACGACUGGCACAGUACAACAACGAGAUAUGAAGGAACAGUUUCUUGACAAUAUGGAUCUGGAGAGAGAAAGGGGUAUCACCAUUAAACUACAGGCAGCUCGAAUGCGCUUUAUGUACAACAAUGAAGCGUAUUGUCUAAAUCUUAUUGAUACUCCAGGACACGUGGAUUUCUCAUACGAGGUCUCUCGUUCUCUUGCUGCUUGUGAGGGUGCUCUUCUCGUGGUAGAUGCCUCUCAGGGAGUAGAAGCCCAGACUCUUGCUAAUGUUUAUUUGGCAUUGGAAAGUAACCUAGAGAUAAUUCCUGUCCUAAAUAAAAUAGAUUUACCAGGUGCUGACCCAACUCGCGUGGCACAGGAAAUUGAAGAGAUUGUUGGCUUAGAUUGUAGUAAUGCAAUUCACUGCUCAGCUAAGGAGGGCAUAGGUAUUGCUGAAAUUUUGAAUGCAAUCGUUGAAAAGAUCCCUCCGCCUAAGGAAACUGCAGAUAAACCUUUGAGGGCUCUAAUAUUUGAUAGCUACUAUGACCCAUAUAGAGGUGUCAUUGUGUAUUUCCGAGUCAUUGAUGGGCGGAUAAAGAAGGGCGACAAGAUCGUCUUUAUGGCUAGUCGAAAGGAAUAUUAUGUUGAUGAAAUUGGAGUGUUGUCUCCUAAUCAGAUGCAACUCAAAGAAUUAUAUGCUGGCGAGGUUGGGUACCUUUCCGCUUCCAUAAGAUCUGUUGCAGAUGCGAGGGUAGGGGAUACUGUCACACUAUAUAGCAAACCUGCUGAAAAGUCGUUACCCGGAUAUAAAGAAGCCACUCCAAUGGUCUUCUGUGGUUUAUUUCCUAUCGAUGCAGACCAAUUUCCUGAGUUACGAGAUGCACUGGAGAAGCUGCAACUUAAUGAUGCUGCAUUGAAGUUUGAGCCUGAAACUUCAAGUGCCAUGGGUUUUGGGUUUAGAUGUGGCUUCUUGGGACUUCUGCAUAUGGAAAUUGUUCAGGAAAGACUUGAGAGAGAAUAUAAUUUGACACUCAUUACUACAGCUCCUAGUGUUGUAUACCGGGUGAACUGUUCAAACGGUGACACUGUUGAGUGCUCAAAUCCAUCUGCACUUCCAGAACAGGCGGAAAGGAAGUCUAUUGAGGAGCCUUAUGUGAAAAUUGAGUUGCUAACUCCAAAGGAAUAUAUUGGUCCACUUAUGGAGCUUGCUCAAGAACGACGUGGCGAAUUCAAAGAGAUGAAAUUUAUAACUGAGAUUAGAGCAUCAAUUCUUUACGAGUUACCUCUUGCAGAGAUGGUAGGAGAUUUUUUUGAUCAAUUGAAGUCACGGAGUAAAGGUUACGCCAGUAUGGAGUACUCGUUUCUGGGGUACAGGGAAAGCAACUUAAUAAAACUUGAUAUUCAGAUCAAUGGAGAUCCUGUGGAACCUUUGUCAACAAUUGUCCACAAAGAUAAGGCAUAUGGUGUAGGGAGGGCUUUGACUCAGAAGCUAAAAGAGCUUAUUCCCAGGCAAAUGUUCAAAGUGCCUAUCCAGGCAUGCAUAGGAAGUAAAGUCAUAGCUAGUGAAGCCUUGUCUGCAAUAAGGAAAGACGUUCUAGCCAAAUGCUAUGGUGGAGACAUAACAAGGAAAAAGAAACUGUUGAGGAAACAAGCUGAAGGAAAGAAGCGAAUGAAGUCAAUUGGUAAAGUCGAUGUCCCUCAAGAAGCUUUCAUGGCUGUAUUAAAGCUAGAAAAAGAGGUGUUGUAAGCAUUAUAUCUGAACUGGUAUUGUUAUUUUUAUUGCGGAAAUCUUUCGCAAUUCUUUGAAAAGAAAUGCGUUAUUCUUUCCUUCAAAAUAUCUGAUGUAUGAAAUUGGCGUGUAUCUAUUCUUGCUUCGACUAAUGUUGUCCCAAAACUGUGAGAAUUCGAUGAGCAAUAUAAUGUUUUUCUUCUCCA